GAUUGCGAUAACUCCGGCCAACCCGUUGGUCAACUUCUGGACCCAUAACCACAGCUUGCUGGACCAUGGCGUCCAACACGAACAAGAGCUUUGUCAACUGGAAAACCAACGGGAGAAACUGGAUGACGAAGAGUAAUGAGUUUGGCUCGCCGAUGAACUUGAUGAGCAAAUCCUCUUCCGGACAACGCUCUGAAGCAGAGAAGAGACCGGUCUAUCCUGCGACAUCCACUACUGAUAGUGGUCAUGGAGGCUGGAGUGGAAGUAUUAGUGAAGAUGCGGGUUUCAAUACGAGCAGAGGCGGCAUAGUAGAUUUUUCUCAGUCUUAUCCUACGGAGCGCGUGUUUCCGAGUAACGUCAAUGAAGCCAUCAACCCAUCCAAGUUCAAGCAAUGGCAGCCGUCCACGUCUAGUUUUGAGAAACGCGCAGAGCACAAUUAUAAUCCAGCUACCAACGGACGCGGUGGUAGAGUAUAUCACACACAUAAUUCGCAGAAGAAGUCUUAUGCACAGUCGAGUGUAACCCAUAAUGGACCAAUUACGCUAGGCAAAGGAAAAAACAAACAGGUAUCGGCGGAAACAGUCACGCAUAACGUCAGCCGCAAUAAUUGGACUAACGAUAACACCAAGAAAUCUCAACGUCCUAUCAACAAAUCUUAUCCAUCUUUUCCUUCUCAACAUUCAGUCCACCCCCCUAAGAAGCCAUCUGCCCAAGUUCGAAAAGGAGUCCCACAUGCGGAAGAUCUGCAGCCCAACGAAGGUUUUACCGGCGUGAAAACUACGGUAGCACCCGGUGUUCCCAAGGUGCUCUCGACGUCAGGUAAAGUCAGUAAGAACGGCAAUACGUUUCGUGGAGGCUGGAUUCCAAAACGAGGUAACUGGACAUCGAAAAGAGGAAGAUGGGGUGAUCAAACUGGGAAGCAAGGAAGCGGCAGAAAUCCUAACCUACCUAUGCGACCUGCACAACCUUCAAUUACUUCCUCGGAUCUUUCAUCAUCCAGUUCGCUCGAUCCUGGCAUAUCCACACCACAUCGUCUCCCUCCCACUGCUUUAAGCAAAGCUCUCAACAACCACCAUAUCAUCCCUCAAAAACGGAAAAUUUCGCCGAAUUCUGACCCUGCUGCAUCGAUAUCCUCAUCUUCGCUAAUGAGUAUCUCUACUAGUAGUAGUGGGAGUGGUGCACCAAGCGGAAGCACCGGCCCGAAGGACUUUAGCCAUUUGCUUCCUGCGGGGCCUUGGAAGAACGUUAAACGACGAAAGAUACAGGAGCAGGAGUUAAGGCAGGAAGAUGAAGUUCCACAAACUCGUGAGACUCUGAAGGAGGAGUUGGCCAAUACUGGUGCAAUACUUGUGGCUGACGGUCAAACCGUGGGCGAACGCACAGUGAAUCUAUCAGAUCAUGACCCAAUGGAGCUCAACGCUGGAGAAAUCAAAGUUGAAUCUAUCGAUAAUAGUUUUCAACUUGUAUAUCCUCCUUCUUCACCUGCUCCUUCUCGUCCCUCGCCUUCAAAUGUGCUUCCUGCGACAUCAAUUACACAUUCGAACUCGCAAAAAGCCUCCACUCAAUCGAGCAGCGGGACUACAAUUGUCAAGGCUACUCCCAUCUCCACUACAAAUAUCAAAGACGAACCACUCGACGUUGCACUUACCGAAACCACAAAACCCAACAAUCCAACUUCUGGUACCAAACGAUACCACCCAAUUCCUUCUUCUUGCCUCAAAUUCUUCUCCGUUCCCGCCGUCAAUACAUCUUUCCCUAACAUCCUAUCCUCUUCUUCAAGCUCCAAGUCGCAACGUCCGGGUCAUCAACUAGUACCAAACCCCCAUUUCCGUACCGCUCGUGCCGAGUUCACCAAGCGCGCUGUUAGGUGAAUAGUGGAAAUGGAAAGGAAGGAGCACCGGACGUGGGGACUAGGAAAGAAAAGGGUGCUGAAAAC